AUGAAGAUAUGGAGCUCGGGGCUGAAACUUGGCUUCGCUAGUUCAUGGGUGCAAUGGAUUAUGCUUUGUAUCUCCUCUGUCUCAUAUCAAGUUUUGAUCAAUGGAGAAGCAAAAGGGAAAAUUAUACCAUCUCGUGGCCUUAGACAGGGUUAUCCACUCUCACCUUUUUUGUUUAUUAUCUUAACCGAAGCGCUCAUUGCACAAAUACAAGGUGCGGAGGAAGAAGGAAGGAUCACGGGGUUGAGAAUUGCGAGAUCAUGCCCACCAAUCUCCCAUCUCCUGUUUGCAGAUGAUAGCUUGUUCUUCUGUAAAGCUGAUGUCCUGCAGUGUGGAGAGUUAUUUAAGAUCAUUAAAUGUUAUGGAGUAGCUUCGGGACAACAAUUAAACACAGCGAAGUCAUCAAUAUUUUUUGGUAGCAAGGUUCCACAAGCAACUCGAGUUGAGCUCAAACGUACACUCGGUAUCACUAAGGAAGGAGGUAUGGGAACCUAUUUGGGUCUACCAGAAAAGAUAAGUGGCUCCAAGAAACAAGUUUUUGCAUUCGUACAAGACCGCCUUAGUAAGCGUAUAAACUCUUGGUCAGCUAGACUUUUAUCUCGAGGAGGUAAAGAAGUACUUAUCAAAUCUGUAGCUCAAGCUCUACCAACAUAUGUUAUGUCCUGUUUUCUGCUUCCACAAGACAUAAUCAAGAAACUCCAAAGCGCUAUUUCCAACUUUUGGUGGAGCAAUAAACAAAAUAGUCGGGGGCUACAUUGGAUAGCCUGGGACAAAAUCUGUAUCCCGAUAGAGAAGGGAGGUCUCGGCUUUCGCGAUCUACAAUUGUUUAAUCUUGCUCUACUGGCGAAACAAUUAUGGAGACUGUUGUACUAUCCAUCCUCUCUUUUGGCAAGGAUCUUGAAGAGUCGGUACUACAGAAAUACGUCCCCACUUGAGGUAGAGAAAUCGAAUGCACCAUCUUUCAGGUGGCGAAGCAUUAUGGCGGCCAAGGAUCUCCUCCAAAAGGGGCUGAGAAGAACUAUUGGAACCGGAGAAACAACCUUAGUAUGGAGAGACCAAUGGAUCCCAGCAGAACAC